AUGUCAAACGGCAAAGAGUCUUAUUCGCCGGUUAAUAUGCUUAAUCUUCCUGAUGAAAUACUGUUGAAUUGCUUAUCCCGCGUCUCGAGAUUAUACUACCAGACUCUCUUCUUAGUCUCCAAGAGGUUUCGCUCUCUCAUUGCAUCGCUUGAGCUUUACGAAACCCGAACGCUCUUAGACCGGACCGAGAAUUGUCUUUAUUUGUGCUUAAGUUUCAGUUUUGGUUCUGACCCACGUUGGUUCACUCUAUGCAGAAGACCAACUCGAAACCCUAACCCUAAGACUAACUCAGGAUGGUUCACUCCCUGCUUUAAACCAUAUAAGAAAUCAAGUGACAAACUCAUGGUCUCGGUCCAAACACACGAUUGUUCUCCUCCACUUGCGUGGUCUCGUACUGCAAUUGGUUCAAAGAUCUACGUGAUUGGCACAAAAAGGGAUCAUAGGGUCUUCUUCAUGGACUGUCGUUCUCACGCCUGGCACGAAGCUCCAAGCAUGCAGAUUUUUCGAAAGUGGGAAACCGUGAGUGUUCUUGAUAGGAAAAUAUAUGUAGUGGAAGGCUGGACCGGGCCCGGUUAUUCGGAUUUGAUGGAAGUUUUCGACCCAAAAACCCAAAUAUGGGAGCAUGUGCCAAGCCCUAGAGCAGAGAUACUCAACCAGAGUCUCAUAUUAAGAAGCUUAGCCCUGGACGGAAAGCUUUACGUGUAUGGGAGUGAUAAAACUAUGGUUUAUAAGCCCAAUGAAAAUACAUGGGAUGUGGUAGAAAAUUCUGAGACGAGGCCUUUGAUUAUUGGUACCUUUUUUCCUUCUUGCGUAAUUGAUAACGUAAUGUACUGUUCUGUAAUGUUGAGAGUGCUCCAAUGGUACGACUCCGAGGGAAGAUUGUGGAGAGUUUUCAAGGGUUUGGAAGAGCUUCCUAAACUACCAAAGUGUCGUAGUCGUGUGAAGUUAGUAGAUUAUGGUGGCAAGAUUGCGGUUUUGUGGGAGAAGAGAGCGAGUGCUAUUGGCUUUGACAAGAAGAUUUGGUGUGCUGUGAUUGCGGUCGAUAGGCGCAGCGAUCAUGAGGUUUAUGGCAAGAUUGAGUGGUGUGAUGUUGUGCUUACUGUCCCGAGGUCAUGUCGUUUAUUGCAAUUUCUUGCUGUUAAUGUUUGA